AUGGAUUCCUCCGAGAAAUAUUCAGCGCUACUAGCCAAGCAGGAGUCAAAUCUGCGGGAUCCCAAGACAGGUAUACACUACGGGGUUGAUUCAUCUCUUACAGGAGCAAGGGGCCCACCAGACUUCGUUACAUCGGUCUCUGAGCAAGGCGGCUCUGAAGGAUACGCUAACGCACGAAGAUUGCCGUUUGAGAUCCUAUAUAUUGUAAUAUGCGAAUCGGAAGAUGAAGGUGCUGAGCCCAAUCUCAGAUUGCCCAUGCGAGUUAUGGAUAAACAGCCAGGGGCUAACGAAAGGAUCGGCGGGCUUUUAUUCCUCAAUAGCGAUACAAGGAGACGUUCCGCCUGGACGAAAACAGACAGUGGCCAAAUUCUUUUUGGAAGCCAAACGCUCAACGUAUCUAUCGAACUGAAGCCAGUGAAAGGGAUGAAGAUGGUGCAGGUUCACCGUGUAGCGAGGGCAAUCAAAGCACGGAUAGUCUACAAAAGGAAAGCCCGGAAGUCUCAAAAUCGUGAGGAUUCCCCUGAACCACGGGAGGUGCUCUCUUCUUCCAAUCAUAGCCAUACAGCCCAGCUUCAUAUCCGCGGUGGCUGCCUUGGUAAAUGUAGAAGGAAGAAGAAAUUUGAAGAUGACGAGGCUGUUUCGGCCUUGCUAUGGUGGGUGGCCGGCGGGAAAUUGGCGCCGGAUGGUUCCAAGCCGACAGGGAAAGGGAUGAGAGAAUGGAAGCAGAACAGUAAAGGAAUCUGGGAUGAAGGGCGCGAAAGAGGGUUCUUUCAGGAAUGUGCUUUUGUUCUUUCAAACGGCAAGAUAUGUCGAAACCAGCGCCGAAAGAAGCAGCCGGAACCACCUCCAGAAUCACCGGAACAACCGCCAUUAGAUCCGCCUACUGAUCCACCAGCGGAAGCUUCAGCUGAAGCUUCAGCCCGGAACUGA